AUGACAGUGGCAGCGCAGGCGGACAUGAAGGAGGAAGAUGCGGCGGCGCCAGCAGCCGGGCGGCCAAUGCAGGGCGGACUGGCUGCAAAGCUGCCGACGGGGCUUACGGAUGACAGCGAGAGGGAUGAGGGGCGGCCGAGCGCGCGGUGGAGCAUCCCUGCAGCGCCCAACCCCUGCGGAGGGGAGGCCGUCAAGAUGGGCCGGCACGAGGCCUGGGCUCGCUUCCUCGCGUAUGAGGCAGCCGUGCAGAUCUGCCUCAGGGCCAGCAGGGAGGAGAACCGGGUGGCGGAGCAUUUCUUGGAGAGCGGCUGCGCAGUGCUGCGGAGGGCGUACGCAUUUGAGGGCCUGCUCCUGCAGCCUGUCAACCCAGGAUCUGCCCCCUGCGGAGCCACACUCGUCUGGGAUGACUCAGAAGCAGCAGUUCUGCCCACGGUGGGUUUCGGCCCCACAGUAACAAGGGAAGCGACAGUACGCUGCAUGGCUGAGCGCCUGCAGAGCUCCGCGCUGCACCGGCCGGUGCGCGGCGGCAGGGCCUCCGAGCUCUACAUCUCCCUGCGGCCCAGCCGGUGGCAACAGGGCGGUUCAUGGACUCGGGUUGGGACUGAUGGGAAGGGUGCAUCUGAUGAUGUCGUGGAGCUGAGCCGGGAGGACUUGAGCGAUGACCUGCUGGUGGAGGUGACCACAGAGAACGGCGAGCGAGUGGCGCACGGCAUUGUCCCCGUCGCAGAUGUCUGGGGGGCGGCAGGCAGCCAGUUUAGCGUGGAGCAGGCACCGCCGGUGGAGAGAAGGCGGUGGGCGUGCCUGCCAUGCUGGCGGUCUGCCCCCAGUGCUCAGAGCGACAUCUUCGGCAAGAAGUGGAUCACCCUCCUCGAUGUCACUGACACCCGGUAUGGGCACGCGCUGCUGUCAGCCUGGAUCAGCAACACAGAGAAGACGGUCAUCACUGCCGCGGAGAUCUCGCCCGAGACGGUGGGGAGAGUGCAGGAGGUGAACUCGGGUGCCCUGCCCAAGGGCUACCAGCAGAUCACCGGCUGGGAGGUGUACGAUCUGUCGCUGCAUGCAGCGCUGGUAGUACAGGGAUGUGGGCCACGGCGGCUGGAGGUGAAGGGAGAGUGGGAGUGGCUGCUGGAUGAGUUUGCUGCCACCUACGGCAUACGCAGCAGCUACACCACUCUGGCCCAUCUGCUCUGGGAGAAUGCCACUGUGACGGCCUACUGCUUCAGCAUGCUGAACAGCAAGCUGGUGGACCUCAAGCAGGCCGAAGCUGAGGGCUGCCUCCUUCCCCAGGAGCUGCCGUUGCUGGGGCGCAUCGAGAUUGCAUGCGAGGACCUGCUGGCGCGCUGCAUGGAGAACUACUACUCCCUCUCUGAGAACUCCCCCAGCGGCAUUACAGAGAACGGCAUGGACACCUCUGAGCAGCCUGCACCCGCUCUUGUGGAGGCCGUGCUGCUCUGCAGGACCGUGAGCGAUGUCUUGCAGCCCUCAGAGGCGGGCUGGUUCACAGAGCGCUUCCAGAUAGCAGCAGUCAAGCGCUAUGCCCGGCUGCAGGCCGCAUGCACAGAGCAGAUCUACUCAGCUGAGGCGCGGCACCGAGCUCACAGGCAAACUGCAGACGGCGCACGCAACUUGAACCGCACAACAGGCCCUCUGCAGCAAACGGCGCCAGCGUUCGACCCAAUUGCGACAGGUGGCAGCGAGGCUGAGAUGUCAUACAAGCGCCUGCAGGCCAUCUGCUCAGCGAUGCGCCAGGAGCUUGACAGCGAUCUGCGCAUCCACGAGACGCGCAAGCUGCCCACCUUUGUCAUCCUGCCGCAGGUCACCGCUGCAGAGUACGGCAGGCUGUUUGUGGCGGACCUGAUGGUGGCACUGGAGCAGCACCCUCCGCCGCAGCCAUCGCAGCCGGCGGUGGAUCUGCUGGUCAGCGUGGGGCAGCAGCAGAAAUACCUGGACGCCAACGGCCUGCUGCCUCCUGCCGGCCACCCUGGCGCGAUGGACGCGCUGCAGGUGUUCGGUCCGCACGUGACUCGCUGGAUCAAUGGGUCCAAGGCCGGGCUGUGCGCGCGGUGCAGGCAGAUCGAGGCCACCACCAUGGCCUCUGCCCUGCACCCAGACCGCAUCACCGAAGAAGGCAAGUCAUUCGUGGCUCCACUGGUGGAGGAGAUGCUGCAGCGCAUCGGAGGGGAGGUGGGCCGCUACGAGCGCGUGAUCGCGUACUGGCAUGUGUUUGGGCCGCUGCUGGAGGGCGCCGUCUGCGCAUCCCUGCGCGAGACCACCGGCGCCGUCACCCGCCAGUGUGGCCUCUCCCAGGUGCGCGCGGAUGAGCAGAGGUACAACGGCCACGCGCCGCCGGGGAUGCAUGCGCGCAACGGAUCCAAGUUUGGCAAUGACGACAGGUCGCCAAACCGCUGGAAGUGGAACGCGACGGUGGCGGCGGCGGGCCACGCGCGGCUGACAGUGCUGCCGCAUGAGGCGGUGCUGCUCAACUCCCUGCGCAAGCUGCUCAGCGUGGUGCCCCAGACCGAGUACACCAUCGCCAAAUGGGCCGGCGGCGCCACAGCAGCGCCCUCCACCCCUUCUUCCUCCACCCACCCCGCCUCCCCUCCGCGCCAAGGCGCGCGCGAGAUGACUGGGCUGGGCACAGAGAGGAUGCCGAGCGGCAGCGAGGGGCCGGAGCUGGGCGCGCAGUUUGCGCAGCUGGUCAAGGAGCUGCGCAGCGAGUACGCCGGCGCGGUGACGGCCUGCGCCGCGCGCAUCGCUCAGGGCGUCUUUGGCCCGUCCGGCCGCUCCAUCCUGCGCAUCCUGGAGCACCACGGCAUCACCGGCACCCCCACCCUCAUGCAGCAGCAGGUGGGCCCGGUGUUGGAGGCGAUGGAGGAGGUGAUUCUGGGGCUUACUCGCACACUGGACGGGCGUGUCUACGUGGCCCUGGGCCGCGGUUUGUGGGACUUCACCGCCAAGGAGAUCUUCGACUACGUGGAGUCGCUGCAGGAGGGCAAGGAGAGCCAGGGGGCGUGGCGCGGCCGUCAGAAUGCGGCGGCAGCACUGGAUGUGGUGGACAAUUUCUUCUGCACCAUUCUGAGCAGCACGUUGCAGGGCAAUCUGCAGGCCAAAGACUUGGACCUGCCCCUGCACUCUGACCGAGCACACAAGCUGCUAGCAGCAAACACCGCAGCGAUCAACAUGUCCUACACUGUGUAUUGA